AUGUCGCUGGACCCGCCAACGUAUCUCGCCUCGCUGCAGAACAAUAUCCGCCAACGGCCGAUCCCAUGGGAGGGCGCAGUGCGGGCUGGCACCCUGACGGAGGACCAAUUGGCCGAGAUCAAGGCCGUCGAGCGGGCGAAGAAGGAGGCACGCGUACAGACUGUCGAGGGCGAUCUCGAUGGAUACCGGAUACUGUUCGUCGGCGAGGAGGGCAAGCCCAGCGUGCUCGAGCUGGCGCGGAAGAGGACAGAGGUCGUGCAGUACAUCUUGGUCCUGCUGAGCGACCUUCUCGACAGCGUCCCCUCUCUGUCGAAAGCGCUCUUCAAGAACGGCGACCCAUACAAGCACUUCCUCCCGCUGCUCGCACACUCCUCCAGCUCCGAAGACCCCAUACCCCUCCUCACCUCUACUGUCCUGACCAGCCUGAUGGCAAGCUCUCGCGACGAGUCCACGGCGACUGUCAAGAAGGCCCUCCCACACCUCUUCAGCUACCUGUCCUCCCUCACCAAGAACUCGGACGCCGGGCUGCAGGACAUCGGCGUGCUCGAAUACUCCUCCUUGCUGUACGGAAGUGCAUCCAGGAAGCAGUUCUGGGCCCAGCGUAGCGAGACUGUCGCCCCGCUGAUAGAGAUACUACAGAAGGCUUGUGGCGUUUCCAAUGGUGAUGUGUCUGCCAGCCUGUGGAGUGGCACGACGGGCCUUUCCAGGAGCGCAGAGUCUGAAGGCUCGUUGGGCGGCGGCGUUGGCCUGCAGUUGCUUUACCAUGUGCUGCUCGUCCUGUGGCAGCUAAGCUUCGAGGGCGAGGAAGUUGGAGAUGAGUUGAACGACGAGUAUGACAUCGUCCUCCUCUACACACAGCUCCUUCGUCUCUCCCCCAAGGAGAAGACGACCCGCCUCCUCGUCUCCACGCUCUACAACCUCCUGCGCACCAACCAAAAGACCCUCCUCCCGCAGGCGGUGCUGGUGCGCCUGCCCGCGCUGUUGCAGAACCUCAGCACGCGCCACCUGACGGACCCAGACCUGCAGGAGGAGCUGGCGGCGCUGAAGGAGAUGCUGGAGGAGUACACCAAGACCAAGACGACGUUCGACGAGUACGUGGCCGAGGUGCAGUCGGGCCACCUGCGGUGGUCGCCGCCGCACAAGAGCACGGUAUUCUGGGCGGAGAACGCGCGCAAGAUCAUCGACUACGAGAACGGCGAGCUGCUGAAGAAGCUGGCCGAGGUCAUGACCAAGCCGUGGGACAACGACAAGGCUGUGCUGGCCAUCGCCUGCAACGACGUCGGCAGCCUUGUCCGCGAGGUGCCCGAGCGGCGCGGAACGCUGGAGAAGCUCGGCCUCAAGACGAGGGUCAUGCAGCUCAUGGGCGAGGCCGACGAGAACGUGAGGUGGGAGAGCCUCAGGGCGCUGGGCGGCUGGCUCAAGUAUAGCUUCGAGAACAACGACAAAUAA